AUGGAGAGAGAAGCGCACGAAGACGUAAUAUUGGAAGAGAACGGAGAUUUGUACGUUUUUGGAUACGGUAGUAUCGUGUGGAAGUUUGAGAUUGAAGGGAUUGAACCGAUUGAAACCGUUCGGUGUAAAGCCUUCGGGUGGCAGAGAAGGUUUUAUCAAGGCUCGACUGACCAUCGUGGCACGUUAGAAUUUCCGGGAAGAACUGUGACCAUGACGAAAUGCUCGAAGAACUCGCCCGUGUCUGGCGUCGCGUACAGGAUUAAAAGAGAAGAUGUGGAGAAGUGCUUGGAGAAUUUAGAGUUUAGGGAAAAGCAGUACGAUUUACGCGUGCAGUUAGAAAUUUAUGAAGACGACGACGGCGACGCGAAGAAGACGAAGAAACUGAUUAGCUCGAAGGCGGUGUGUUGGAUAGCGACAGAGGACGAGAAGAACGUGAACUGGGUAGGCGAACAAACGGUAGAUGAAAUAGCAACGGUCAUAGCUAACGCGAGAGGACCUUCCGGUCCGAAUUACGAGUAUUUGUUCAAUUUAGCGGACGCGAUGCGAUCUUGGAAGCGCAAGUGA